AUGGAUAUAAGGGGACCGAAGCACCUCAUCUGCCAUGGAUAUAUGAUGCCACUGACGUUUUCACCUGAUAACUUUGAUUCUGCUUUGGAAUUCCAUCCCAAAGCGAAUACAGUUUUUAUUGGUACCUAUCCGAAGUGUGGAACAACAUGGAUGCAAAAUAUUGUUUAUUUACUACAGCACAACGGGGAACCACUUCCAUCGCAUUUAAAGAUUAGUGACGAAAUACCAUGGCUAGAAAAGAAUGGUAGCACGUAUUGUGAGAAUCAUGUCGCGUUGAAAACACACUUACCGCUGCAUUUAUUGAAUUGGAAUGACCAAGCAAAAUACAUCGUAGUAGCACGGAACCCAAAAGAUUGUUGUGUUUCCUAUUAUCAUCAUACACGUGGCUUUGCGUUCUAUGAUUAUGCACAUGGUACAUUUGAUGAUUUUUUUCGACGCUUUAUCAAUGGAGAAGUUGGUUAUGGUGAUUUUUUUGAUCACUUUGUUUCAUGGCAGUCCCGACUCAAUGAUCGAAAUGUCUUUUUCUGUACGUACGAACAACUUAUAUGUGACACUAAAGAAAUCGUCAAACGACUAGCUUUAUUUCUCGAAAUUAAAAUCGAUGAUAAUAUUUUGGAAAAAGUACUUCAGUACUCUUCACUGCAAGCAAUGCAAACAGAUCUUCAGCGUUGGAGCAUUGAGCGAUCCAAAGAUAUGCCCAAAUUUAUCCGAAAAGGUGAGAUUGGUGACUGGCGCAAUUAUUUUAAUGAAGAACAAUCCAAACUUAUCGAUAUGAAGGUUGAACAGUUUCCGUUGAUGAAGACACUUUGGGCAAAGUAUAUGUGA